CAAGUCCUGGGUCAAAAUGUGAGUGAUACAGUAUGCAGCAAUACUGCCUUUACGAAGGUUUCACAGAUGAGUAUAGUCAAUCAACUUAUACUACAAUGAACUGCAAACGGCAAAAUAAUGGAAGUAAUGAAUUUCAGAUUUGGGCGAAGUCAGAGAUGAGUAAGAAGGCCAAUGACAGGGAUAUGUGUGUUCUGCAAAGUUCUCCACCCUGCGCGGGAGCAUUCCUGUAUAUACUUAAUUGGUUUUUUUUGUUGCUGCUUCAGAAGGAGGCUUUUGGCUGUCCAUCUGCUUGUCAGCUCUGCACAGGGAGACAAGUUAGCUGUUGUAAUGCAGGGCUUUCGAGCAUCCCUUGGAACUUACCAAAAACGACAGUUCUUGUGUACCUCAGUGGAAAUAAUAUACCACGUGUCACGCCAAAUGAACUAAGAGGGCUUCAGAAGCUUGCUGCACUCCACAUGGAUAACUCCAGUAUUCUGUAUGUACACCCAAAAGCUUUUGUGGAGCUCCCCAAACUGUGCUACUUGCAUCUCAAUAACAAUAAUAUUAAACGCCUGGAUCCAGGAGUCUUUGAAGGCCUUUCCAAUCUUCAUUAUUUAUACCUUCAGAAUAAUCAAAUAGCUUUUCUUCCCAGAGGAUUAUUUAGUGAUCUUUUUUCUAUUAGAUAUUUAUCGCUUCAAAGAAAUCGUCUCAGUGUCCUUGGAAGUGGGACUUUCUUGGGUAUGAUGAGUCUCCAAACACUAAACCUAGCCAAUAAUAAGAUUUCAUGGAUAUCAGAUUCAGCAUUUCAUCAUCUUGAAAACCUUGCAUAUUUGUUUCUUGAAGGUAACAGCUUAAAACUUGUGCCAUCGAAUGCUAUUGGAAAGCUCAAAAAUCUAGAAAGACUUUCAUUGUCUCACAAUCCUAUUGGAUCAAUACAGUCUUUUGCGUUUAGAGGACUUAAUAAGCUUAGAUAUCUGUCUUUGAAAAAUGUCAGGCUAAAAUGUAUUGCUGUAAAUGGAUUUUUUGGAUUAAACAACCUUAGCCAGUUAAUCUUAAGUUAUAAUGAUUUAGAAAAUAUAAAUUCCAGCACUUUUACUGUAUUAAACAAUUUAAUGUAUCUGCAACUAGACAGAAAUAAAAUAGCCAGUAUUGGUGAUGGUACCUUUGAAAAAAUGGGACAGUCACUUAAAAUACUCAGUUUAGCAUUUAAUAAUAUUACAGAGUUACAACCUGAAGUGCUCAAGCCUUUAGUAUCUCUAACUCACCUGCAGGUAAAUUCUAAUCCUUGGAACUGCAGCUGCAAAAUGCUUCGGUUACUUAAUUGGCUGGCAUUGUCUCCCGUUUCUGUAAGAAUUCAUUGUCAGAAUCCACAGAGUAUGCGUGGUAGACCUUUGCAUUACAUUAAGGGGACUCGGUUUUCAAACUGCAUUAGUCCUACUGCCAGCCCAGAGACUGCUUGGAGUCUGGGAUCUGUGGGUGUCCAUCGCAGCGCUACCAUGUUGCUGAUGGCGUGGCAAAAAGGAAAGAGUCAGAAACUUGAGCAGUUUGUCAAUGCAGAAACUAAAUAUGUUGCUUUCUGGGAAGGAACUACAGCUACAUUAGCUACCCCUUUGCCCUAUGAAGGAAAUGCUGUUGAAAUUCCAUCACAGGCAACUACAGUAUUAUCAACAUUGCCAGUGCAAAUACCAACACAGAUUAUAUCUACUAACAGAACUGUAGAAGAACAAGAUUUACUUCCGAAAGAUGUUGCUCCUGUGUCAUUAAAAACAUCCCUGAUUUGUGCACAAAAGGUUGAAAAGCUGAAUCAGGCUUUUGACAUUUUAUUAGCCUUUUUCAUUCUGGCUUGUGCUGUAAUCCUGUUCUUAACCUGUAAAAUUAUUCAGUUUAGGCAGAAACUAAAGUUGCUGGAAAAUUCAGGGGAAAAGAGAAUAGAAUAUUAUGGCUUUUAUCAGCCUGGCAGAUAUAACAUAACUGACCCAGUGCAGUCUCUAACUCAGAAGUCAGUGGUACAUUCAGAACUGGACCAAAUUAGGCUGCUCAAACGAACAGCAUCAGAAAGUCAGGCACAGGUAAUACUGUUCGAACAUUCAUCAUUGUAAUUUAUCUCAGUUUAUUUGGUGUUAACUUUACUGUGAUAUGAAAGGUCAAGAAAUCAAGAACUUGAUUUUCUAAAAAUACCUUCACUGAUUAAAAGCAACUGCUUAAUAUGAUUGUGGAAAAUGGCACAAUUUGAGUUCUGCAAUUUUUUUUGCUUCCUGAAUGUUUUGAAGUUUAUUAUUUUAUUAUG